AUGCCAGAGGUUACAAUUAUUAUUUAUGAUAAUGGACUGCCUUCUCAAAAUCAGGAUUAUUUACCAAGUAGAAGUAUUUUACAGAAAGAAUUUAUUCAGUCAUUCAUUAAUAAAAGGUUUGAAGCAGAUUCAGAAUCUAUGGUUGGUAUUGUACCUGUUUGUCAAGAGCAAUACAAUGAUAUGAUUACACCAACAAAACAAAAAGAUUAUUUGUAUACUUUUUUAAACACAUGUGGAUUGUACAGAAAUCCCGAUUAUGUUAGAUCUCUUUCUCAAAGUAUUAGCUCAUUUAUGCAGCAAGAAAUAACAACGAAAAAAUUAAUUUUUUUCAUAGGCACAAAAAUUGAUAAAUCUUUGGAAGAGGACGUGUACAGUAAAAUUUUUGAAAUUCUUACACAUGGAAUUGCAAUAACAAUAGUGUGUUUUGGUGAAGGUCUUGUUUAUUAUGAUAUUUUAAGUAAGGAGAUAGAAUAUUAUAAUUUUAAAGUGGUGCGUGUUUUACCUCAAGAUGACUACAAUAACAUUUAUAACAUUGUUACUGAAAAUGAAGAAGAAGAUGAUCCUGAACUUGCAGAAGCUAUAAGACAAUCACUGGAAGAAUCAAAAAAGCAACAAUAA